AUGGUUAUUGUAUCCAAGAUCUUAGGAUCCAGGAUCUCAUAUUUCAAUUUAUUUGACACGGGGCACCUUACCAAAUUCCAAAAAAACUGUAGUUACAAAUUGCCGGUGGUUUAUUCAAAUUUAGGGCAGUGGAAUCUAAGCUACUACAUAGAUUUUGCAAGUGAUGAUGAAGACGAAAAAUUGAUUUAUGAAGACUGUGUGGCGGGAUUAGAGCAAAUACUCCCAGCAGGAGUUUAUGCAAGCCAUGAUGAAAUUAAAGAUAAAAAAUCAAAGAAUUUAAUCGAAUCAAUAUUCCAAACACCAGUCAACAUAGAACUGCCUGCCAAUAAUGCUAGUCCUAUAAAAGUUCAACUAUUUAGUGUAGUAAAGGGUGGUAAAAUAGAUAUAUACAUUCCUAUACAUGCAAGAUAUCAUCGUGCUAAGAAGGGAGGGGGGACAGUAAGAAAUAUAAUACCUUCGCCUGUAUUGUAUUUAAUGUGUUUAAACAAAAAGCUUGAUGUGUGCGAUUUCCCUACUGCUACUCGAGAGAAUAAUCUAUGCAAAAACGAUAUAACAGGACAGUUAUGUCCUUGGAAACAAAUACCAGCCGUAAUGGUGACUGAUACGCUAUUUUUGGACGUACCGAUUGGUAAUAUCGACCACUAUUAUAUGGUGGCGUGGGGUACCACCGUAGUCAUAGUAGUUGGUUCGUUAUAUCUGUUAAAAACAAUACAUAGAUAUAAGGUAGAUACAGAACAAAAGAUAAGGAAAAAACUGAAGACAUAGUCAAUAUAUAAAUACAUGUAUAUAUAAUAUAAUUCAAUCCAACAAACCUUCUUGCCUUUGACUAGCAGUGGGACAUUUACAGGCUGUUAAAUUCAAGUAAAAUAUACAAAUAAAAAUAUUUUU